GAGGCAUGUGACAAAAGCUCACGUUUUAGAAAAGACCGAAAGUUUGUUUUUUGAAUGAAAUAUCGAAUGACUAGUCAUUAAAUUUGAUUAAAAUUGAUCAACACUUAAUUAGCGUCUUAUUCAAUAUAAAUCCUCAGUUAAAAUAUUGUCCAGAGAUGAAAUAUGAAAAUGUCAAUAAAGAAUUUAUUUUUCCCAGCUUUUGAGCAAGUUCUAGUAUUGUGAUACAGCAUAAAUUGAAAUAAUUAAUUUUAAAGUCUAAAACCAAGGAACCAAUCAUAAUAGAGUGAAUCAAACUAGUUAAAAAGUGAUGUUAAGUUAUAAAAUUGUGAAAAACAGUGAUACAGAGCAAAAAAUGUGAAUAGAAAGGAAGUUUAUUUGCUGUCCCAAAAUACAGGUAGUCACCAUUCGACAUUCAGAUGACAUUAGAACUGAAAAUUUUCGCUACCUUUUAAUUUUCAUAAGAUUAUUUUUGGUUUUUAUUUGUAGUAAUUUGUGCUAAUUAGAAAACGUAUAUCAUGUAUAUUAAGGUCUAACCUACUCGAAUUAUGAAAGUGAGAAAAUAUUAAAGGAUAAUAGCGAAAUUUAUGUGAAAAACUAAGAAAUAAAUUGCGUAUUAAUAAAAUAAAGAAAAGUUAAAUAAAAAGUAAGAAUCUAAGUACAUCCAAAAUGCGUUCAAGAUCAAAUUCUGGUGUUCGACUGGAUUAUUACCAGCGAAUAGUCCAUCGUCUUAUAAUGACACAUCAACAGCCUGUAACAGGAUUGUUUCCAGCUAGUCCUGCAAAUCAUCAUGCUUGGAUUCGAGAUAAUGUCUAUUGUAUUUUGGCUGUCUGGGGUCUAUCGAUGGCAUAUAAGAAAAUUGCUGAUCAAGAUGAGGACAGAGCAAAGGCUUAUGAAUUAGAACAAAGUUGUGUCAAAUUAAUGCGUGGCCUAUUAAUGGCAAUGAUGAGACAAAAGGAGAAAGUUGAACGAUUUAAAAUUACACAAAAUCCAUUAGACUCAUUGCAUGCUAAAUAUUCAAGCAAAAAUGGACAGGUCGUUGUACGUGAUGAUGAAUGGGGUCAUUUACAGAUAGACGCAAUUUCAUUGUAUCUUUUAAUUCUCGCACAAAUGACUGCGUCAGGAUUGCAGAUUGUUUUCUCCCUCGAUGAAGUGUCAUUCAUCCAAAAUCUUGUAUUUUACAUUGAAAGUGCAUACUGUAUUCCAGAUUAUGGUAUUUGGGAGAGAGGGGAUAAAUCCAAUCAUGGACAGCCUGAAUUAAAUGCUAGUUCUAUUGGUAUGGCAAAAGCAGCACUUGAAGCUAUGAAUGAAUUAGAUUUAUUUGGUGCUCGUGGUGGUCCAGCUUCUGUUAUUCAUGUUUUAGCCGAUGAAGCUCACAAGUGUCAAGCUGUUUUACAAUCAAUGCUACCUCGUGAAUCUAACAGUAAGGAAUUAGAUUCUGGAUUGCUUUCAAUCAUUGGUUUUCCUGCUUUUGCUGUCGACGAUCCACAAUUAAUUGAGGAGACACGAGACGCAAUUGUUCAACGUCUCCAAGGUCGAUAUGGCUGUAAAAGAUUUUUACGUGACGGAUAUAAAACUCCGAGAGAAGAUUGUUCACGAUUAUACUAUGAACGUUGGGAACUACGUAUGUUUGAGAAUAUUGAGUGUGAAUGGCCACUCUUCUUUUGUUAUCUAAUCCUCAAUCAUGCAUUUCAUGGUGACAAAAACAGCGUCUCUGAUUAUGUUGCAAAAUUAGAGGAUAUUAUGGUAAAAACCGAAGAAGGCAUGAAACUUGUUCCUGAACUCUACACAGUUCCUCACGAUAGUGUCAACAAUGAAUAUAAACAUCCUGGAUCCAGUCAGAGACAACCAAUCGGAAGGACACCAUUUUUAUGGGCUCAAUCGCUCUAUAUUUUGGGAAAACUGCUUCAAGAAGGAUUUCUCGCAGUUGGAGAACUUGAUCCACUGAAUAGACGUCUCGGUGCACAAAAGAAACCUGAUGUUGUCGUUCAAGUCGUCAUAUUGGCAGAAGAUGAUGAAAUUCGUAAUAAACUUGCUGAUCAUGGAUUUACCGUCCAAACAGUUUCAGAAGUUGCACCAAUAGAAGUUCAACCAGCACGUGUGUUGAGUCAUCUUUACACCUAUUUAGGACGCAAUAAAAAACUUGGAUUGACUGGUCGUAAAUCAAGAGAUGUUGGUAUAUUAAGUACCAGUAAAUUGUAUUCAUUAAAGGACAGGAUUUUCGCAUUCACACCGCAAAAUAUUGAUUAUGAUGAGUACUAUACAACACGAGAUCCCGACCUUCUUGCGAGUAACUUUACAAACAAUCUAGCAUUUUUGGCCCAAAGUUGGUCGCACACGUUGGGUAGACCUUUACACGUUUUAACGUUUCACUCAUUCUUGUUAGACAACAAUCGUAUUCCACUUGCAAUGGUACAAACAAUGAAGAAAUUAAAGUCAGGUUACAUCAAUGGAACUCGUGUGAUGCUUGGAAAUUUGGGAGACUUUUUGAACACAUCAGCUGUCACGGAUUUGAGCUUUUUAGGCAGUCAGGAAGAUGGAUAUCCAGAUAAACUGAAUCCAGCUGUACAAGCGUACUUGGAUGAGCACUUGUUGAGAUCAAUGUCCCAGAAGAACACAUUAGCCGGCAUGAGAGGAGGAUCUUUGCGUCCACGCAAUUUGCGCCGUCGUAUGUCUGUAAAAGGAGCGAUCAAGAAGACGCGCUCCAUAAAUGUAGACUCGGAAACAUUGGGAAUGGAAGGUAAUGUUACUGAACGUAGAUUAUCAGUUGCGAUAACACCCUUGUGGUUAGAUUCCAGUGCUACCUCAACUAUUCCACCGCCGACGCCAGGCCCCGAUAAUCGAGAGGUUACCCCACGUCCUGAAACCUCUGAAGAUGGUUUGCCACCAAGUAAAGUCCAAAUUCAGACGUCUCAAGAUGUUCCACGCAUUAAUAUUCUUCCACGUCAUCAUCGUGCUGGACUAGCAGAAACGAAUUUUGAAAAUACAGAAGUUGAAGAACUUCUUGCUAUGUUGCGCGAAACUGAGAAUCUUGAGGAUCAAGGGGACAUCUUACAAUACUUGGUGGAUACACAAGGAUUGGACUUUAAUACAGAACUGGCAUCAAAUGAUGAUCACUCCAAUAACCAUUCUAAUUCUACAAAUCAAGGCAUGUUAGAUUCUGGUCGCAUUGUAACUGUGCGCGACUUACUCAAAGGCCUUUAUGAAAAGGCAUGCCAGCAAAAAUUAUGGGGUCUUGUGCGUCACACAGCCGGUAUGUUAGGAAAGAGAGUUGAGGAUUUAGCAAAGGCAGUUACUGAUUUGCUUGUACGACAAAAACAGGUAACUGUCGGCAUGCCACCAACAAAUGAAUUCACAAUCACAGCGCCAUUGCCCGAAGCAGAACUUCGUCAAUUGAUCCAUGAAGCAUAUGGUGAUGAUGAAAGUACAGCUAUGUUGACACAAGAAUUGUUGGUCUAUCUUUCAAUGUUUAUACGUACGGAACCACAACUGUUUCAUGAAAUGUUACGUCUUCGUGUCGGUUUAAUCAUUCAAGUUAUGGCAAAGGAAUUGUCCCGUACAUUGCAAUGUGAUGGUGAACAGGCAUCCGAACAUUUGCUCAACUUGUCACCAUUUGAGAUGAAGAAUCUUUUGCAUCACAUUUUAAGUGGUAAAGAAUUUGCCGUAAGUAGUGUGGCACGUGGAAACUUCUCAAUUGUUAGCUGCAAAUCGAGUCGUGUGAGUAAGAGAAGUCAAAUUGGUCUUGGCCCAGAUCCUGAUGAUGAUCCAUCAACAUUGAUUGAUGAUAGACAAGGGCAAUGGCUGCGUCGACGACGUCUUGAUGGUGCUUUAAAUCGUGUACCGAGAGACUUUUAUCCAAGAGUUUGGACAGUUUUAGAAAGGUGUCAAGGAAUAGCAAUUGAGGGACGAGUCUUGCCACAGAGCUUAACACAAGAGAUGACAUCAAAUGAGCUUAAAUUCGCAUUGGAAGUUGAGACAGCACUCAACACAAUCCCACAGCCAGAAUAUCGUCAGUUAGUCGUUGAAGCACUUAUGGUACUGACACUUGUCACAGAACAUAAUGUAUCACAUUCUCUCGGUGGAAUAAUUUAUGUUGAGCAUUUGGUCCAUAAAGCAAAUCAGUUAUUUUUGGAGGAUCAACGUGCAGUAUCUGGCGAUGCUACAUUGUGUUGUGCAAAGUCAAAGGACGGAUCAAAGGAAACAACAGCAACAGGAAAUUUGUUAUGCGGUGGUGCCGCAUACAUUUGCCAACAUCUUUACGAUAGUGCUCCAAGUGGAAGCUUUGGAACAAUGACUUAUAUCGCCAAAGCAAUUGCAUGUGUCUUUGAAUGCUUACCGAAGAAUGGCGAUGUCGAUUGUUCAAUUCAGUAAAAGAUUUUUAUUUUUAUAUAUUUCGAUUCUUUCUCUCACUUUAACUUAGUUAUGAAAUUUUGCCACUUUUAAAAUCAUCAUUAUUAUUAAAAUUAUCAUCUUAUAUAGUUAGGAUUAAUGACUUAAUUGAUAUUACAUGUGAAUGAGAGGACUUAGUGUUGUCAAUUGUUUGUAAUUCGAGGAGAACAUUCGUAAAAUUGAUUAAUCGAGAGAUUGGGUUUGUGAAGUUCUUAAAAUCACAGAUUGGCAAGACUUAAAGUUUUAUGAGCAGUUCCUGAAGAGGAUUUGACUGAUUGUUUUCAAGUAAAUUGUGUCAAAAUGUAUUGUUCAGCUCGAAUAUCCAUUCAAGAAGAAUUUAGAUGUAUGAAAUGAAGCGUGCUUUGCACAUAGUUUGGAUAACACUGGUCAAACUUUAAAAACAGAGAUGAUAAGGAUGUUAAGGAAAGUGUUGUAAAUCAAUGAUCAGAGAUCAUUUUUUGUUAUUUUAUAUGAUUUAUUUUAUUUAAUAGCCUAUUUUAUGAGAAGAAACUUUAAAUUUAUGAGUCAGAAUUAUUUUAUGUAAACAAAUUUGAUUUGCCUGUUUAAUGUAAAUCAAGGCAUGACAGAGAGAAAGAAAAUAAUAAUAAUUAAAUACAUUAAAUUAUAGUGUUUGCAAUCAAAUUUUAUCAUAAUCAUAGAACAUACUACAUUGUUAAAUAAUUUGAAGAAAAAAAAAAUAUUAAUUAAUCCUCUGAGCAUUUUUAUGGAUGAUGGAAGCUUCCAGCUAUGAUAUUCAAAUGUCCUUCCUUUAAUUCAUAAUUUAAUGAGCUGAUUUCAGUGUAAAUAACCCUGAAAUUCUGUGUGAAGUCUUAGUCAAAAUGUAUUAAAUCCAGAAAUGUACCAAAUAUAAAAUCCUAUUUAGUUCCAUAGGCUGCUAUCUCUGAACCUUUAAGGAAUGCUUCUUCAUCUAGGAUGCUCGGCUAUUGAGAAGAAAAAAAAAAUGUUAAAUAGAAAAUAUUUCUCUUAUAAAUUAUUCAAUCUAUUCUUUUGUUGACAAUAUCUACCUAAAAACUGUCAAGAAAGAUUUGAGAGAUUCUUGAUGAAAAUGCAUGACUGAUGUAAGAUUUUAAGGGUGUAUACUAUGAGCUUUGGAUAAGCCUUGUAAGUUGGCAGGACUGCAUAGUUUCAAUUAAUUUGAUGUGCUUUAUUUUUGCGACUUCAAAACCGAAUUUUCGAUGGGAAUCUCUCAAGUUAUUCAAUUAACUUCUAACAAACAAAACAUAAAUUACUAUACCUUAACUUAAAUUAAAGGAAAAUGACAAAUCAUAGGAAAAAUUUGAAAAAGUAAGAAUAAAUGUUUCAUGAAAAGUUUUUCUAAUGUUCAGUUAAAGUUCAUAGCACACAGUCACAAUUUUCUUCUUAUGAUACACAAAAAAUGAGAAAAAAAAACAACAAGCAUGUCUUAUUUUUACUUUUUAUCAACAAAUGAAUUGCGUAAUUUAUGCUUUAAACUCUAAACAUUUUAAAUCAGAACAAUAAAAUGGCAGAAUGUUGAAGACAAAU